GUUUAAUUUCCAUUGAUUUUUAUUGUUUACUUUCUGUUUUUCUUUUACUGUGUGCAAUGUCUGUAUAAUUUUUUCCAACUGUUAAGGCACGCAUGGGCCUACGUAUCUUAUUGUUUGUAUCAUUUGUAUAGUUAAUGGGCUAUGGCCUUAAUUGUGAAUAGGGGUUACUCACACUUGUAUAAAUAUGGCUAUCAUGAAUAGAAUUAGGGGAAAGGAAUUAUUUUCCAACUUAAUUGUUUCCCAAAAUUGAUAUACGUUAAUAUGGUAUCAGAGCCCCAGUGAGCGGCACGCAUCUGUUCGGUCGUCUUCUUCCUCGCAACACGCAGUAGCCGCACCAGCGUGCAGAGCACUGCCGAGCCAUGGGAGACGACGCAACUGCUUCUCGCCUAGACCCAUCUUCUCCAUAUUAUCUGAGUGCAGGAGAUCAACCAGGAAAUUUGAUAACCCACAUGAUUCUCAACGGAGAAAAUUAUGUAGCAUGGUCGAGGGCUUUCAGCCUGUCAUUGAAAGCUCGACAGAAGUUCGUAUUUAUUGAUGGCACGCUCCGAAAGCCUACUGAUGCAGCAAGGGUUCUGGAUUGGGAUACGAAUAACUCGAUGAUAGUCUCCUGGAUGUUGAGGAGCAUGGAAUCGAACGUGGCAGCAUCGAUUCCAUUCCACGACGUAGCGCGCACUCUCUGGCAGUACCUCGAAAAACGUUUCAGCGAAGCUAAUAGCCCGCGUCUGCAACAGCUCCGCACCUCUAUUACAAACUGUAAACAAGCAAAGACGAUGUCCGUUGAUGAGUACUUUACAACCCUUAUGGGAUUGUAUGAUGAACUCAAUCGCUUGAAACCAUUGUAUAAUUGUACCUGCGGCAACUGUACGUGCAACGUAGCAGCGAGGUACAAAGCUGACCAGAAUGAAGAACAACUUCAUCAAUUUCUAAUAGGAAUUGAUGAUGAGAUUUACGCCACAGUCUGCUCCAAUUUGCUCUCUCAAACUCCAUUGCCAGACCUUGCACGCGCACAUCAAGCCUUUCUCCAAGAAGAACGAUCUCGCUCAAUUGCGCGGGGGAAAAGCAUUGUGAGUGCAGUAGAGGUCCUGGCUUUCGCGUUGCAGGCAGAACGCGUCAAAGGAAAACACGACAAGGCUGAAAAGGCACGACUUACGUGCACUCAUUGCAGACAGAAAGGCCAUGACGUGACUAUGUGCUUCAAACUGAUCGGGUAUCCGGAGUGGUGGGAAGAAUGUAACCGGAACAAAACUCGGACGGGAGGUCGUUCCCAGCCCUCCACUUCGUCAGUAGCAGGUUCGCGUGGAGCAGGGAAUGGAGCCCGGGCACAUGCAGUGACUUCUCUGGCAGGUCCUCCGGCUAUUGCUCCGGACUCUUCUUCUACUGGCAAUGGGUAUCAUCCGCUGGAAGACUUGACCAGGGAGCAAGUUGAUGCACUUUUAAAUAUUAUUAAGGCUGAGACUCGCACCACAGACCGAAUGUCGGGACCUACGCUCGAGGAGCGUGAUUGGAGCCGGUGAGAGACGGGAUGGGUUGUUCUUCUUCAGACGGGUUCCUGCUUUGCAUGUUGUAGAAGUAUCUGGAUUAACUGAUUUUGAGCUAUGGCAUCGCCGGUUGGGUCAUCCGUCAGAUCGGGUUCUCAAAUUGUUACCUGCUAUUCAUUAUAGUAAUUAUAGAAAAUCUCUCAAUAAAGCUUGUGUAAUAUGUCCACAAGCCAAACAAGUUCGCGAUUCGUUUCCUACUUGCACUAAUAAAGCUCAUCAUAUUUUGGACUUAAUUCACUGUGAUUUAUGGGGCCC